GGCUGUGAUGGGUUGACAGGUGCGUGACAAUCGGAGCUCUCUGCAAGCAUGUACGCCAAAGGCAAGAGUAACAACGUACCGUCCGACAGCCAAGCCAGGGAAAAGUUAGCGCUCUACGUGUAUGAAUAUUUGCUGCAUGUAGGGGCCCAGAAGUCAGCACAGACCUUCCUGUCAGAGAUCCGAUGGGAGAAGAACAUCACGUUAGGGGAACCUCCGGGAUUCCUUCACUCGUGGUGGUGUGUAUUCUGGGAUCUGUACUGCGCGGCUCCUGAGAGGAGAGAGACAUGCGAGCACUCCAGCGAAGCCAAGGCCUUCCACGACUACAGUGCGGCUGCUGCACCCAGCCCUGUCCUCGGUAACAUUCCCCCUGGAGAUGGGAUGCCAGUGGGGCCUGUUCCCCCGGGAUUCUUUCAGGGCCCUCCCGGUUCACAGCCAUCUCCCCACGCACAGCCUCCACCUCACAAUCCCAGCCACCCCAUGAUGGGCCCCCACACACAGCCGUUCAUGUCUCCUCGCUACCCCGGUGGGCCACGGCCUCCUCUCAGAAUACCCAAUCAGGCACUAGGGGGAGUCCCAGGCAACCAGCCAUUGCUGCCCAGUGGAAUGGACCCCACAAGACAGCAAGGGCAUCCAAACAUGGGCGGGGCAUUGCAACGGAUGACCCCUCCCCGGGGGAUGGUCCCACUUGGGCCGCAGAGUUACGGAGGAGGCAUGCGACCCCCCCUCAAUGCUCUGGGCGGUCCAGGAAUGCCUGGCAUGAACAUGGGUCCAGGUGGGGGGAGACCCUGGCCUAACCCUCCCAACGCCAAUUCGAUCCCUUACUCCUCCGCGUCUCCAGGGAGUUACGCGGGACCACCUGGUGGAGGGGGCCCACCCGGAACUCCCAUAAUGCCUAGCCCAGCAGACUCCACAAACUCCGGAGAUAACAUGUACACCAUGAUCAACGCAGCGCCCCCCGGUGGAAACAGGCCUAACUUCCCGAUGGGCCCGGGAGCAGACGGCCCCAUGGGAGGGAUGGCCGGUAUGGAACCGCACCACAUGAACGGGUCGCUAGGGUCAGGGGACAUGGACAGCAUCCCUAAGAACUCUCCUGGAAACAUGAGCAUGAGCAACCAGCCAGGCACCCCCCGAGAUGAUGGCGAGAUGGGCGGGAACUUCCUCAACCCCUUUCAGAACGAGAGUUAUUCUCCAAACAUGACCAUGAGUGUGUGAAUGGUGAAGAGAGGAGCACAGGCAGAUAAACGAGGGAUUUGCCGAGGCCCAGCUUUUCAUCCUCACCUACUCUGUGAAGAGAGUGGCUCCAAGUCUCCCAUUUAAUUUAGUGUUAUUGUCCCUUUCCAUCAUACACACUUCAUUAAAGACUGAAAGACUGAACCACAUUUUGAGAAUCACAGAGGGAUAUGAAGACAGCAUCAACAGCGAAUCUCUGUAUGUAUAUAUUUGUGUAUAUAUGUGGCGGUGUAAACUCAGAUACAUGUGCAUGUAUAUACAAAUAGAUACUUUUGUUUUUGACCAUCACAUCGAGUGGGGAGAAUUGGACAACCUGCAAGAGAGGAAAAAACAAGAAUUGACUUUUAUUUUUUGGGGUUCUGUGUAAUACUCUCUCCACGUUUACAUGCUUUCACGACUCGUGGGCUUUGUUUUUUGCCUUGUUCGUUUGUCCUCCGCUUGGCCAUUUGUCCGAUGAAACAUGUCCCACUGACAGAUGGUGUUUUUUUUACGGGAAGCAGAUGGUUUGGAAUUGGAAGAUUGUUGUUGGGACGCGUAGAAACAGCUGAGAGAUGGAACUCAGUUGGUUAAAUGUAUAGGCAGUGUGAAUCCUCUACUGAGCAGCCAAGCCUACAGUCCCACUCCAAAGUUUGCUCUCAAAGCAAAACAUGGUUUGAAUACAUUAUGAGGAUGUGUCAGAUCUUCAGUGCAAGGUUUUGCCAUUUGUUGAUUUGAAUUUAAAAUGUGUUUUUGUAUUAUAAAUUGUGUUUAAAAAAAAAUGCAAAUUAAUUAGAUUCAGUCAAAGAAAAGGUUUUUGGUUAAGCUCGAAUGUACUGUAUCGUGUUGACUUUUUCCUUUUUUUUUUUUGAGUGUGCAAUCUAGAAGCAUGUUUAAUGGUUACAGAAACAGUCGUUUCCACUUCCCUCAGAGAGCCCCCUCCACAGCUCUCGUCUCUGAGUAGCUCAGACCGCGUCCAGUGUCCCUAUGACAACAUCCUCGGAGCUCAACACGUGACACUGUGUUUCGUCCACAACCCAAUAGCGUUCUCUACCUCUGCCCCAGGUAUCAGCUGAGCACUCGUGAAGACAAACCCACGCGUGCGCACACACACACCUGCCACCUGCUCUCACUCAAAUAAACAUCUCCUUUUCCACUAGGGUAUCAUUGACAGAACUCGCGCAGGGCACUUGUAGACAAGGACAGUUACUGGUUCGGGUGUAAGAGGUGACGGAGACAGACAGAGGUGAUGACAGCAGAGUGACAGUACCUGAAAGCCCUUUGUCCUUCGGCAGGCCGGAGACAGCGCUGUAAAUGUCCAACCAAAAUCCUUUGACGGGCAGAGCUCCAGUACUCCUUCUUUUCUGACCAGUCAGUUUGACCAUUGUAAAUCUCAGAGUGAAAAUGUCAAUGUUAUCAAUGUUAUAAUAUGUUUUAAUGUAAACAGUCAGUGGUCCCUUACACUGAUAUAUAUAUUAGUCUGAGAAAUUAAAUCAUCCAAAUUCUUUGAAUUUUGCUGGGGUUUUUUGCCUUCAAUUUGAAGUUUCACCCCUUUGAUAAACAUUAGAAUAGUCAUUUUAUGUAUAUUGGAAUUUAUUGGUUAAUUGACUUGGCCCUACACCUCUGUCUCCUAGGAGAGUGAACAUCUUGAUUGUUUGAUACAAGUCACCCAACACGUAUCACCAUGGAAGGGGAGAUCACACACGUCCCUGAGAAAAAGAGUUUGCCUUUAUGAAAGAGAUGGUUUUCAGUUUAUCAUAAGAUGCAGAAUACCACAGCAAAGGUGACAGAUAUCAAACAAUAUGCUUGUGAUCUGUCAUACAACAGCAUAAGGGUGAGCCUUUUGGAAGCAUGACAAAGCAAAUACUGAUUUUUAACAUGAACGCUGUGUGUUUGUUUGUGUGUGUGGGUGUGGGUGUGUAUGUUUUGGGGCUAAAGGGGAGGGGGUGGGGAUCUCAUAUUUUGAGCUGUGGGGUCCACAAAAAUAAUUAGCAAAAUUGGAUGCAAAAGUGAAAGAGUACCAAAAGUGGAAAUGUAGAGGAAUCUGUUAAUGUGGGAAUGGCAGUGCAGUCUCUCCCAGUCAAAGCCAUUCUCUUUAUUUAAGGUUUUGUCAUCCGGACAAACUGUGAUUUCUUUUCUUACACUUAUAAAUAUACCUUUUUUGUGUGGGGGAUGGAUAAGCAUGGCAUCAUUUUAUUGCUUACCUUACAGCAUUGCCCAUCGGCCCAUUAUUAUUAUUAUUAUUAUUAUUAUUAUUAUUGUUAUUAUUAUGAAGCUCAAGACUUUUGUGAAUUUUCUUGUCCUCUCCAAACUUUUUAUGCAGCAGUGUGUAAUUUUAUAGCUUGGAAAUCCAACUCAUCUGUGUUUUUUGUGAAUUAUUUAAGAAAUGUUCAGAGAGAUGCUGGCCUUUUUAGCAUUGCCACCAUUGUAAUGGUAUCUACCCUUUAAUUUGUAAUGUCUGAGGGAAUCUUGAGGGAGCUACUUUUGUAAAUUGAAGA